CCAGUCCUACAGAAAAAAACUGGGAUUUCUUUGUUUGAACAGGAAGCUUCUCAUUGAAGAGGUCAGAGGUCACAGUGGGCUUCCCCAAAGCUCAGACCUACAACCUCUUAUAUCUAUAAGCUCCCACUGGCUCAGGUUAAAACAGGAAAUCAGACCAGUUACCAUGACAACGCAGAUGCUACUCAGCUCUACAUUACGAUGUCUCCAGGUGACCUUUGACCUGACAUUUAUGGAGGAGUUUUGAUUAAAUGUAUGAGGUUGUUGAUCUGUUUUUUGGUUUUCUGUGAUUGUAACUGAUCUGAGCAUGCAUCAAUAAAAGGCAGCUGUGGCGUCUCUAGUGUUGUUCGCUGCCGAUUCACACCAAGUAGAGAUAUGUUUCUCUGCCAUAAACUGGUUAUUGUUUCUUUAAAAUGGCUUUUGUGUUCAAGGAGGCAAACUCCAAAUUUCUAUCUUGGUUUAUCUAAACAAUCAGAAAAACAAGAAUUGAGGUCAGGAGAACAUUAACUGUUUUACUAAAUCAGCUUCAAUCAGCUGGAAGGGGAAUUUAAAUCCAUCCUUUUGGACUAAAUCACUGAAUCUUAACCAUCUCCUGCUGGACAUGCAGACUGGGUAACUUUUUUUCUUAGAUUUGAAACAAGCAGAGUUUGUAACAUCUGAUCCAUCCAAACCUGCUUUCUCUCCACCAGGGGGCGACAUGCUCCAGCAGGCGGCGCUCUCCUUGUGCUCUGUGUUCCAGCAUUGUGUCAAUAAGAAGUGGUGCUGUGAAGAGAACAACAGUCAGACUGAAUGUUGAACAUCAGCUGCUUUCUCCUGCUGGUUUAAACCUUGUUGGACAGAUGGAACAUUGGCUGUGGAUUAUUCUGGCUGCUCUUUUCUCUGAGUGUAAAGGAGACUCAGUGAAGCAGACAGAAGGAGAAGUUGUUGCUGCUGCAGGAGAAACUCAGAUUCUGGGAUGUACUUAUGAGACCAUCUCUGUGACGCCUACAUUGUUCUGGUACAAGCUGGAGGAAAACAGUUUUCCACAGUACAUGCUGAAGCAACAAACAUCGACGAUAUAUAAAGCUCCAGAUUUCAACAGCAGCAGAUUUGAUGCUGACCUCAAAAAAACCAUCAAAACCUUCAACCUGACGAUCCAGGAUCUCCGUCCGUCAGACUCUGCUGUGUACUACUGCGCUCUGCAGCCCACAGUGACAGGAAACACCAGAACCCUGUACAAAAACCUGCAGUACNAGUGUAAAGGAGACUCAGUGAAGCAGACAGAAGGAGAAGUUGUUGCUGCUGCAGGAGAAACUCAGAUUCUGGGAUGUACUUAUGAGACCAUCUCUGUGACGCCUACAUUGUUCUGGUACAAGCUGGAGGAAAACAGUUUUCCACAGUACAUGCUGAAGCAACAAACAUCGACGAUAUAUAAAGCUCCAGAUUUCAACAGCAGCAGAUUUGAUGCUGACCUCAAAAAAACCAUCAAAACCUUCAACCUGACGAUCCAGGAUCUCCGUCCGUCAGACUCUGCUGUGUACUACUGCGCUCUGCAGCCCACAGUGACAGGAAACACCAGAACCCUGUACAAAAACCUGCAGUACUCCACAGCGGCCACUAGAGGGCCUCACUCCCUGUUAAACCACUAAAAC